AUGUGGCCCCAGAUAAUCUUUCUCUCUUUCAUUGGGGUAUGCUAUGGCACCGUCCCCAGUUUACAAGUUGCACGAAACUACAACCACGUUGGGCCUGACAUACUUGAUGUUAUGCCAAGGACAAUCCAAGAGGCGGCACAGCUAGGCUUUGAUAAAUUUGGAAAUUGUACAGAUAACCCCAAAUUCAAAGGCAUUCCCUACAAAAGACGGAACGAAUUAACUAUGGUUAUUUUGUUUGACGUCACUGGAGUAGUUGCCGGCUUUCAGAUAACGAUACCUAAAUCAUCAUUGCUGACCAGUGAAAUUUUGCGGAAACCAUUUAUAUUAGACGGCGACCGUUUUGUUUUAACUGUGUACUUCACGGACCCGU